AGAAACAAUAUUGACAUCAGGCAUAGUACUUCUCCAUGAUAAUGCCGCAUACUGCAGCUAUAACAAAUCUACUCUCCGCCACUUCCAAUUUCCAUCUCUUUGCUCACACACUGUCUCUCAAACAACGAGCCGCAGAUCGCUUCCAUGACGAGGGUGUUGAAAAAUUGGUGAUACAACAAAUGAUUUAAUCAGAACGACGACUACGUAGAGAAGUAGCUGUAAGAUUUAUCAGUUUUGAUUCACAGUAGUUUUGAAUGAGGCUGAAAGAGGAAAAUAAGACUAGGUAGAAAGACAGAAAGAAUAGAGCUCUAAACAAAUAAGUCUAAGAUUAGAUGACAUCAAGGAUGAUUUUAGAUCCGAUGUUCAGAAAUAACAAGAUUAAUAUUUACGACGUCCAAUACUAUGCAGAGAAGAUUUUCGAUGAUGUUGAGAUAGGAUGUUAAUAUAUGAUGGAAAAGAUGUUGCUGGAGGUCAAGAUGGUGUCGAGGGAGUAGCUUGUAAUGGUGAGUUAUCUGCACAAGUUGAGGUCGUGUCGGGUGUGCCGCAGGGUUCUAUUCUUGGCCCAAUUCUGUUUUCAAUUUAUACUUCCCAACUGUGUUUGGCUGUAAAGCACUGUACUGCGCAGAUGUAUGCUGAUGAUAUUCAAUUAUACUACACUUUUUCAACAUCAAAUCUAGCUGUGGCUGAAAGUAAUAUUAAUGCUGACUUGAAGGCCUUGGUCAAUACUGCUAAUGAGCACAGCUUAAGGAUAAAUCCAUCUAAGUCAUCGGUGAUGGUCUUUGGGAGCCGGGGUGUUUUGGACGAAGUCAGGGAUGGGUUGAGCUUGAAAAUUGACUCUGAUGUUUUGCAGGUUGCUGAAAGUGCAAGGAAUUUGGGUAUCAUUAUUGACAGUAAACUUAGAUUUGACUCGUACAUUGGUAGUCUACUGCGUCGUGCAUAUGCAGCGUUAAAAUUGCUCUAUAAUAGUAGGCAUUUAUUGGAACAGCAACUGCGGAUACGCUUGUGUGACGCCCUGGUUCUCUCGAUCUUUAAUUACGGUGAUGUAUUAUAUGGCCCUUGUAUUGAUAAUAUUCACAAGGUAAGAAUUCAAAGAGUUCAGAAUGCGUGCUUACGUUUUAUUUAUGGCAUUAGGAAAUAUGCGAGUAUCUCAUACACCUUAAAAUGGGUGGGCUGGUUGAAUAUGUCACGUCGUAGGGCCCUUCACUCUGCUUGCCUCUACCAUAAGGUUCUGACUACCAAAUGUCCACCAUAUUUAUACAACAAAAUUCAAUUUCGAACAGACGUUCAUAAUAUUAAUAUUAGGCACAGACAUACGUUAACAAUACCCCAGCAUCGACUGGAAAUUUUUAAAAGAUCUUUCACGUAUUGUGUGCCUAAUUUGUUGAAUAACUGUCCACUUUCGGUCUUGCAGGAAUCUGAGCGGGUUUUCAGGGUGAUAUAUAGGUCUGAGUUAUUGAAUGAGCAGAAUUGUGAUGACAUAUGAAUCAAUUUUUUUUUUUUUUUUUUUUUUCUCUUUUUUCUUUCUUUUAUUGUUUUUUCGUGUUUCUUCUCCUUUCCUUGUCUUAGCUCUUCUUAUUUACUAGAAAGCUAGUCUUACUAUUAUGUAUAAUUGGUAUUAAUUUUAAGUUUUUGGUAACAACUAGUCUUUCUAUUUCCGUUUGCCGUCAUGAAGUUUAAGUUUAUUUAUACAAAAUGUAGAACAAGGACCAAUGAAAAACAGCUGACCCACUGGGAAUGCUGACGUGGUCCUUUUUAACUCAUGGCAUUUCAUUUUGGUUUUAUUUUAGUUUUUAAGUAUUUUGUUAUUGGGGUUUAUAAUGGUGCUAUGGGUUAAUAAACAUUAUUAUUAUUAUUAUUAUGUUAUGGCUAAAUGCGAUUGAUUAAUAUUUGAAGAGUAUCAUCAGCAUACAUUUGUAUUAAAUUAAUAUUAAAAACUAUAAAUGGAAUUAUAAAGGAAUUAAAAGGAACGCAAACAAAAUACAAAAUAUUGCGAUCAAACAAUGGUGAGAAUUGAAAUAAAAAAAAUCCUCGGAAUUCAAACUGUAAACUGAGAAUGAAUUCGUAUUAAAAAUUGGAAAUAUCCGUUUCGGUGGGUAUUAUUACGUACAAUAGCGGCCUUGGACGGGAUUUUUACCAGGCCCGUAGAGAGAGAUUAUCAUCUACAACAACAUCCGUGCCGGCAGCAAGUACCGCAUGCAACAUAGAAAAAAACGUAAAAAAAUACAAAAACGCAGUAUUGGGAACCGGUUUGACAGUGUUCCCGAAAAUUUUUUUCAUGGAAAAAAUGGUACCGCGCAUUUACCGAUGGCUCUUCCAUGCAUUUUUCGUGAAAAUCGCGUGUGCCAUAGAAGCGAGCAUCGUUAACGGUAAUGCAAAACCGGUGGAACCCCGUCCGGGAGCUUUUCCGUUUCAAGCUGCCCUCAUGGAACGAUUGCCCGAUAAAAAAGGAUAUCAUACUUUUUGCGGAGGCAGCUUAAUUCACCCGAUAUGGAUUUUAACAGCAGCUCAUUGCGUACAAAUCGAUUUAGACUCACCUAAAUUAAAUCCAAAAAAAACUUAUGUAGCAUUGGGGAGCGUUUAUAGAAACGGACGUGGAGGUCAAAUAAUAAGGAUAGAAUCAACAAAAAUGCACCCGAAUUAUCUAAAAUUAGAUAAAAGCGAUUUGGCUUUGUUAAAAUUAACGAAACCCGCGAAAUUGAACCGUUUUGUGAAGUUGGUUCGCCUCCAUUUGGAUAAUAAGGAAACUUUGGAAGGAAAAACGGCUUAUUUAACGGGAUUUGGGAUUAUCGAUGAUCAAUUCCACACAUCACAACGAUUAAGAAAGGCUACAUUUAAAAUAAGCCCCCCAAAAAAAUGUUUUGGAAAUAAACAAACAUUAAACGGGGAACUUUGCGCCGCAUCAACAGUUGAGGAAGGAAAAGCUUGCAAAGGUGAUAGUGGAGGUCCUCUUACGAUUAUAAAAAACGGGAAAUUGAUUCAAAUUGGGGUUACAAGCCGUUUGGCUUUACUCCCAUUUUGUAAAAUAGGGUUUAAUAAUUCGAUCUACACCCGAGUUUCGGCGUAUAUUAAUUGGAUUUCUAAAAUAACUGGGAUUGAUUUUAAUAAAAAUAAUUUAACCUAAUUUUUUGACGUUUGUGCAAUUUGGGUUGCAUAACUCAAAUUAUUUUUAUUCCCUUAAUUUUAAUUAAUAAUUUUUAAACAAUUAUUCAACGUAUUUAGGUAACUCCCCCACAUGAUUGAGGUUGGAGGAAGAUAAAAGAGACUUUAAAACGAAAAAAGAGACUGAGCAGAAAGCUUCAACAUUAAAAAUU